AUGUCCGGAUUAAGUACCCUCACGUACUAUACGUACUUCUUGGAUGCCGCCACGCCAAUCACCGGCUCUCUCCUGAUGGAGUCCGGGCUGUUGGUGGCGAAAUUGUUUGGCCGUGCGGCUUCAACCGCCGAGAAGGCGGUCCUUGUUCCUCCUGCGACGGGUCGCAAUCUUGGCGUGGUGAUUGUCGUCCGGGCUUUGACAUUGCUUGGCGAGAGGGAGGUGUUGUGCGUAUUUCACCUUUGUCUUAUAGUCCUCAGGGCUUAA